AAUUUCAGCCUCGAUUGUUUCAACAUGUACUGGUGACACACAAGUUUUGAAAAUGACGCACGAACAACACAGAAAAGAAGUCAAUAAAUUACUGACGAAGCCGUUGGCUUACACCGCUGGGAUUUUGGGACUGAUACAAGGGAUUGCUUGGCUUGUUCUCUCAAUUUUGAGUAUAUUGUGCUACUUCGAAAGUAUAUUCGUGAGCGGCUGUAACAUUGAAAUUGAGAAUGGCACAGUAGUAGGUGGGUCGGACUAUAGCAACUUACUAUACUGCCUAUUCCUUAAAUCAGAUUUCAAUAAUUCAAAUUUGACCAAUAUCAGCAUCAUAAUAAAACCAGACGACUUUAUCAUUUUCGUGUGGUUCUAUGUUAUAUUUUCAGCCAUUUGGACAUGUACUUCCGCCAGUAUCAUCUGGGCGAUGAUCCACAAUCAGUGGCAGCUGACGAAAACCCUGUUUGGAGCGUGGUCAGCCACAGUCAUACUGACAUCAAUAGUGGAUAUUGUGCUCACCGGUUUAAUCGUGGCUGACUAUGUCACUAUUGAAGAAAAUCUAGUUCCAAAUGAGAUUGUGACCACCUACGGUAUAGUUAUGUCGCUCGCUGCGCGCGGCUACAUCCUCUGGAUUCUCAACGUCGUAUUUGCCGCCAUCAUGACGAAAUUUACAAUUAAGAUCCUUCAAGAAAAUAACACGACUUUACCGAUAAUCCACGGAUAUGAAUCAAACGAAAUCAACCCCCCUUGGUUUAACGGUUCGGUGAAAGACUUCUGGGCAAGCCCCAACGAUAACACGAACUCACCCGACAACGUCUACGACAACCAGGGAUUUAGACGAAGUCAGUCUUUCUACCCCAUGGAUAUGACCAACGAACAUAUCUAUUCUACCCCUCCGACCGAGUCCUACAUUAAACCCAUCGACAACGCUAACUACAAAACUCCUAGUAAUGUUUACUCGCCGCCCCCUGGCAACCCGUACAAGACACCCACCACCAACAAGAACAACCCAAGCAAUAAAAACCCGAUGUCGUUUUCUGAAGCCAUCGCCCAGAGAACUGCUACUAUUGGAAAAAAUAAAGGAAAGAGAUCUCCUUUGAAUCACAUUGCGCCACCGUAUAUACCCGAUCCGGAUUAUACGCCGCCGAAUUCUCCGCACGGGCUGAAGUCGGUGCUGAGGUCGAAAAGUAAUUAUAGUAAUAUGCAGUGAUUGUUUAAUAAAUUAUAAACCUGGAGGGAUUAUUUUAAUAAAGUUAGCCCCAGCGGUUGUAACUAGA